AUGUCUCAUCUCGUCCCGUCCGCUCCAUGUUGUGCAGGCGUCACUUCUUUCCUCCUCUUCCUUUCCGUCCGUCCCUCCCCCCCUCCCUCCCUCCCCCCCUCCCUCCCUCCCUCCCUCCCUCCCUCCCUCCCUCCCUCCCUCCCUCCCUCCCUCCCUCCCUCCCUCCCUCCCUCCCUCCCUCCCUCCCUCCCUCCCUCCCUUUCUCCCUCCCUCCCUCCCUCCCUCCCUCCCUCCCUCCCUCCCUCCCUCCCUCCCUCCCUCCCUCCCUCCCUCCCUCCCUCCCUCCCUCCCUCCCUCCCUUUCUCCCUCCCUCCCUCUCUCCUUCCUUUCCUCUCUUUCUCUUCCGCCCCUUUCUCCCUCCCUCUCCUUCCCUUUCUCCCUUCUUCCCCGUAUGCACAUCUGUCAUCCUCUUCCCUUCCUCUCGUGCUCUCCCAGUCACGCACGCGCUAA